ACAGAAGCCCCUCCCCUCACUGUGCAGUAACCCCCAAACAGACUGACCUAAUGGCAGCUGUCUGAAAACCCCAGUCUGUGUCGUUUCUAUCAGGAUGGCUGUGGAUUCAUUAUCUCCUGAUUGGGAGUUUGAUCGCUUUGAUGAUGGGUCACAAAAAAUUCACACAGAAGUGCAGGUUAAAAACUAUGAGAAGUUCUUAGAGGAAUAUUCCGCUCAGCUGCAGGGUAUUGAAGAAGCGUUGGACGACUCUGUCGGAGAUGUAUGGGACUUCACUCUGGACCCCAUCGCUUUGAAGCUCCUGCCGUAUGAACAGUCCUCACUGUUGGAGCUCAUCAAGACCGAUAAUAAGGUGCUUAAUAAAGUUAUCACAGUGUAUGCAGCUCUUUGCUGUGAAGUUAAAAAGCUGAAAUAUGAGGCUGAAACCAAGUUCUACAAUGGCUUGUUGUAUUAUGGUGAAGGAGUGUCAGACACUAGUGUGGUGGAGGGAGAGUCUCAGAUUCAGAUGGGCCGCUUCAUUUCCUUCUUACAGGAGCUGUCUUGCUUUGUGUCGCGCUGCUUUGAAGUGGUGGUCAACAUGGUUCACCAGCUGGCUGCUUUGUACAACAGCAACAAGAGUGCAACAAAAAUCAUUGAGUCCACAGGUGUACACUUUCAGACAGUGUAUGAGCAUCUGGGAGAACUUCUGGUGGUCCUCAUCACCCUGGAUGAGAUCAUGGAGAACCACGCCACACUGAAAGAUCACUGGAAGAUGUACAAAAGGUUACUGAAAUCUGUCCAUCAUAACCCAGCUAAGUUUGCCAUUCCAGAGGAGAAACUAAAACCCUUUGAGAAGCUUUUACUGAAGCUAGAGGGGCAACUGUUGGACAGCAUGAUUUUUCAGGCUUGUGUGGAGCAGAGGUUUGAUGACCCAGGAGAAGGUGUAUCGGUUUCUAAAAACAGUGCCUUUGCAGAGGAAUUUGCGUACAAUAUCAGAACCAUUUUUGCCAAUGUUGAAUCAAAGCUUGGAGAGCCGUCAGAGAUUGAUCAGCGGGAUAAAUAUACAGGUGUAUGUGGCCUCUUUGUGCUGCACUUCCAUAUCUUCAGGACUGUGGACAAGAAGAUCUACAAAUCCCUGCUGGAUGUGUGUAAAAAGGUCCCUGCAGUGACAUUAGCAGCUAAUAUAAUCUGGUUUCCAGACACAUUUCUGACAAGCAAAGUCCCUGCGGCAGCUAAACUGAUGGACAAGAAGAGCAUCCAGAGCAUCCGCAGCAGCAGAGAUGCAUUCCUGCAGCAAAAGGCGCAGACACUAAUGAAGGACAUGCAGUCCUACUAUAUAUUUGUCACCUCCUGGAUGAUGAAGAUGGAGUCUAUAUUAUCAAAAGAACCGAAACCAGACAAACUGUCUGAGGAUUUGAGCAACAGGUGUAAUAUCUUUGUGCAGGGAAUCCUGUAUGCUUACAGCAUCAGCACCAUCGUCAAAACCACUAUGAAUAUGUACAUGUCCAUGCAGCGGCCCAUGACCAAGACCUCAGUGAAAGCCCUGUGCCGAUUGGUGGAGUUGUUAAAAGCUGUGGAGCACACGUUCCAUCGACGCUCACUGGUUGUAGCAGAUUCUGUGUCUCACAUCACGCAGCAGCUGCAGUCUCAGGCUCUGGCCUCCAUCUCUACUGCUAAGAAACGCGUGAUCUCUGAUAAGAAGUACAGCGAGCAGAGGCUGGAUGUGCUGUCGGCUCUGGUUCUGGCUGAGAACACUCUGAACGGGCCUAGCACCAAAGAGAGGAGACUGAUCGUGUCUCUGGCUCUCAGUGUUGGCACUCAAAUGAAAACCUUCAAGGAUGAGGAACUCUUGCCUUUACAGCUUGUGAUGAAAAAGCUGGACUUAAUCAGUGAAUUAAGAGAGCGAGUUAAAGUGCAAUGCGACUGCAGUUUCUUGUACUGGCAUCGUACAGUUUUUCCUAUCUACCUGGAUGACGUGUACGAAAAUGCUGUGGAUGCGGCCAGAAUUCAUUACAUGUUCAGUGCGCUCAGAGACUGUGUGCCCACCAUGUUGCACGCCAAACACAUGGAGUCAUGUGAUCAGCUGCUGGAGUGUUAUGACACUGAGAUCAUGGAAAUCCUCAAUGAGCACCUGCUAGACAAGCUGUGUAAGGAGAUCGAGAAGGACCUACGUUUGUCUGUGCACACACACCUCAAAUUGGAUGAUCGAAACCCUUUCAAAGUGGGCAUGAAGGAUCUGGCUCACUUUUUCUCCCUCAAGCCCAUUCGCUUCUUCAACCGUUUCAUCGACAUCAAAGCCUAUGUGACUCACUAUCUAGACAAGACGUUUUACAACUUGACGACUGUGGCUCUUCAUGACUGGGCCACGUACAGCGAGAUGAGGAACCUCGCCACACAGCGCUAUGGUUUGGUGAUGACUGAGGCACAUCUCCCCAGCCAAACUCUGGAGCAGGGCCUGGAUGUCCUGGAAAUCAUGAGGAACAUUCACGUCUUUGUCUCGCGCUACCUCUACAACCUAAACAACCAGAUCUUCAUUGAGAGGACCAGCAACAACAAGCACUUAAACACCAUUAACAUCCGCCACAUUGCCAACUCCAUUCGCACUCAUGGAACCGGUAUCAUGAACACAACGGUGAACUUCACGUAUCAGUUCCUCCGCAAGAAGUUUUACAUUUUCAGUCAGUUCAUGUAUGACGAGCACAUCAAAUCCAGACUCAUCAAAGACAUCCGCUUCUUCAGGGAAACCAAGGAUCAGACCGAUCAAAAGUACCCCUUUGAGCGAGCAGAGAAGUUCAACCGUGGCAUCAGGAAGCUGGGUCUUACUCCAGAUGGUCAGAGCUACCUGGAUCAGUUCAGACAGCUCAUCAGUCAGAUCGGCAAUGCGAUGGGUUAUGUGCGCAUGAUUCGGUCCGGAGGGCUGCAUUGCUGCAGCAGCGCUAUCAGGUUUGUUCCUGAUCUAGAGGACAUCGUUAACUUUGAGGAGCUUGUGAAAGAGGAAGGCCUUUCUGAAGAGACGCAGAAAGCCGCCAGCCAACUGGACUGUGUGCUUAGUGACCUGACCAGUAACUCGGCGGAAGGAACUGAGUACUUCAAGAUGCUGGUGGGGGUUUUCGCACCGGAGUUUCGCAGCGUCAAGAACAUGCACUUGAGGAACUUCUACAUGAUAGUUCCUCCUUUGGCGGUAAAUUUCGUGGAGCAUUCCAUCAGCUGCAAAGAAAAACUAAACAAGAAGAACAAAGUGGGAGCUGCAUUUACAGACGACGGUUUUGCCAUGGGAGUCGCCUACAUCCUGAAGCUUCUGGACCAGUAUCAGGAGUUUGACUCCCUCCAUUGGUUCCAGGCUGUGAGGGAAAAGUAUGUGAAGGAAAUGAACGCGGUGGUGAAGGAGCAAAACGUUCAGUCCACCAGCCAAGACGAGAAGCUCAUGCAGACCAUGAACCUGACACAGAAGAGACUGGAUGUAUAUCUGCAGGAGUUCGAGCUGCUCUAUUUCUCUCUGAGCAGCGCUCGGAUCUUCUUCAGAGCUGAUAAAACGGCAGCCGAGGAGACCCAGGAGAAGAAAGACAGAGAGGAAGUUGCCAAAACUGGUCCAGGUUCCUCAACGAUCGAGGGUUCUCCUGGGGAAAGCAGUGCCAAGUGAAACUACAAAGGAUCUUGACCGAUAUAAAUCACUUGAACAGCAUGGACUCGCUCCAGAGGAGGUUAUAAACAUUGACCCUCCAGCCACCAUACUUCUGUUGGAGUCUGUACAGCUGCUUAAACUCAUUUUGGCGCUACGCCACCUGCACUCAUUCAACUGGAACUGACUGCUGAUUUGGACCAACGCUUCGGUUUUAGAUUAUGAUUGUUUUAUGUAUCGACAAUGAUGUUCAACAACUGUUUUGUCAAGCAUUAUGCGGUCAUGUAAAUUCAAGAAAUGUGAUUGGUAGAUGAAUGUGUCUGUAGUUUGUUUGUUAUUAAAGGGAUAGUUUACCAAAAAAAUGAAAAUUGUGUCAUUAAUUACUCAUACACUCAUAUCGUUCCAAAUCCACAAGACCUUCGUUCAUCUUCUGAACACAAAUUAAGAUAUUUUUGAUGAAAUCCGAGAGCUUUCUGACCCUGCAUAGACAGCAACGCAUGAUGAACGAAGGUCUUACGGGUUUAGAACAACAUGAGGGCGAGUAAUUAAUGACACAAUUUUCAUUUUUGGGUGAACUAACCCUUUACUGUCCUAUUGAUUGUUGGGAACAAAUAUUUUUAAAGGAUAAAACUGGCCUUUAGAUAGCUUAAGAAAUUUUAAAAGAAAUUCAAAGACCUAAUUAUGUUUCACCCAAAAAUGGAAAUUAUAACCUGUAUUCAAACCUGUAUGCCUUAUUUUGAAGGACACAAGAUAUAGAGAAAUAUAUAUGAGAUUAUAUAUAUAAAUUUUACAAUGAACCAAUAGGGUUAUUUUGGACCCCACUGGCCAUUUUGUCCCACAGACAAAUAUGGUUCUUCAAAAUAUCUUUUUAUGUUGCUCAGAAGGAAAUUCAUGUGUGUUUUUAAUGACAAGAGGGUGAGUAAACAAUGUCAGACUUUCCAUUUUUGGGUGAACUUUACUUUUAAAGUUGAAUGAUGUAAACUAGAAUUUUUUUUUUUUUUUUCUGUUAAGAGUACUAAUUUACUUCACUAAUGAUUUUCUGCCCAAAAAUCAUUCAAUGCCAUACUUUUCGGUGAAAUAUAAAAUAUAUCGCAAUGUGUCCGACAGUAAGAACACAUCAAUUGUCCUUGAGCACUGUGAUGAAGUUGAAUUGCACUUGCCUUAAAGCUGCUGCUGUUACAGUAUUCAUAGUGAUCGCACACUACACAGCAGUUUCUUCACAUCAGUGACAUUCCAUCUGAUUUUCUUGCCUAUACUGACCUUUUGUAAGUAAUUUGUGUUAACCAUUAACCUCAUGCCAUCUUUAUUAAAAGACUUGGGGAAAAAAG